AUGGCCGCACCGCAAUUGAGAAUACUCGGCGGCCUCGCGCGCAGCAUGCGCGUCUCCCGUCGCGCCUUUAGCGUUUCCGCCCGUCAGCUCGAAUCAACAGUGCCGACGACACGGGACGAGUUCAAGACUCCUACUAAGACCGGCGACUCCGUAGCCGUCGAGAUUGGCCAGGCUCCCAACCGCGUGGAGGUCUGGUCCCGAAACCAAAAACCCCGAGCCACUGCCAUGACUGGCCCCCGAUUCGAGCAGACAGACUUCGAGCUUCAGCCUCAACCUCUCUCUGCGAUGGAAAUGGUCCACAAGCAGCCAGUUAGAUGGACUCACGACCGAGUGGUUGUUUGCGACGGUGGCGGUAGCGUCAAUCACGGUCACCCUAAAAUCUACAUCAAUACCGACAAGGCCGAGAUCGCUACCUGCAACUACUGCGGCACACCUUUCGCCAACGAGCACCACCGCAAGCACCUCGAAUCGCUCCCAGCAACGUCCUAUCCUUUGUCAUAA